GCUUUCGUGGUUCGUUCUGAAAUGGAGCAGUGGAAGAAUCGAGUGGCAGUUGUAACCGGCGCCUCUUCAGGUAUCGGGGCGGCCGUUGCAGUGGAUCUCGCAAAGGCAGGAAUGAUAACAGUCGGAUUAGCACGAAGAGUAGAACGAGUUGAAGCUCUGAAGAAGCAAAUUCCAGAGAAGCUCCGAGUGAAUUUGCAUGCUAUGAAGUGUGAUGUAUCUCAAGAAGAAGACAUCAUAAGAGUUUUCGAGCUGAUCGAUGCUAAAUUCAACGGAAUUGAUGUUUUGAUCAACAAUGCUGGGCUAAUUCGGGACACUGCCUUGAUCGACCAGGACAACUCUGAGGCGAUUCGAGACAUAAUCGACACCAACGUGAUGGGCUUGGUUUUCUGCACUCGCGAAGCUUAUAAAUCCAUGGAAAAGCACGGCAGAAAUUCCCAUGUUGUGCACAUCAACAGCGUAGUUGGACACAAAGUUCUUUGCAACAUCGAUCAGCCUUCAAUUAAUAUGUAUCCGCCAAGUAAGUUCGCCGUGACUGCCAUAACGGAAAUACAUCGUCAGGAGUUCAUCAGGAGCAAACAUCAUAUCAAAGUGACUUCAGUGAGUCCUGGAGUUGUGGGAACUGAAUUCUUCUUGCCACAGCACAGGGAUUUAAUCAAACUAGGACCGCAUCUCCUGCCCGAGGAUGUAUCGAAUAGUAUUAUGUACAUCCUGGGAACUCCUCCCCACGUUCAAAUUCACGAGCUGACUAUCAAACCCUUUGGGGAAAUGUUUUAACAGCUGGGUCAUUUAAUGAAUUAUAUUGUUAAUAAAAUCCAAGACAAAA